AGAAGAGGGACGCUAACCUUAAAAAUAACCUUCUCCGGUUUGUGAUAACUUAUCAGAUUAUUAUGUUGUAAUUGCUAUGUGCAAAGAGAAGGGAGCUUUAGUUUUUAAGUCAUCUUUUGACGAAGUCAAUUCUUCUACAGACCCAUACAUCGAAAAACUAAAAGAGCUUCAUAUUAAUUGUCACCCAGUUAAAGCUUUAGAUUUCGAGUUUUGUAACUUGGCUGAAUUGAGUGAAAAAUUACAGAAUCACGAUCAAUAUGAUGGAAUCAUCUUUUCUAGUCCAAGGUGUGUCGCUGCUGUGGAAAUGUGUGUUGGAGAUUUGUCUCAAUGGAAAUAUAACAGGGCUUUUGUAAUUGGUGAAAAAACUGCAGAAACUGUUGGAAUUAAACUAGGUUUAGUCCCAGAAGGUCAGGCGUCUGGAAAUGCUUCAAACCUAGCAUCUUAUAUACUUAAUCAACCUAUCAAAAAACCGCUCCUGUUGCCAUGUGGAGACCUAGCCAAAGAAACGUUAGGUGAUAUUUUGACCCAGGGGAAUAUCUCAUUGGAUAAAAUAGUUGUAUAUAAAACAGUACCUGAUCCAAAUCUUGAAUCAUCAAUAAGAAAUAUCCUUUCAUCCCAUAAAAUAAAUUUUAUUGUCUGUUUUAGUCCCUCCUCUAUUAAUUUUUCAUUACCUCUUUUAAAGAAAUGUGGAAUUAAUUUAUCCAUUGUUGAGUGGAUAGCAAUUGGACCUUCAACUGAGAAUUGUUUAUUGAAACACAAACUGAAAGUAGGUUGUGUUGCUGACAAACCUACACCUGAAUCUCUAGCCAAAGCAAUGAAGGAAUUUCUCGGAUAGAUCUGUAAAAUUACUACUAGUUUUGUAAUUUAUAUUUAAACGUAGCAUUUAUUUGAAUUUACAAGAAUUAUAAGACUUCAAGAAAUAUCAGUUGAUUUUUAUUAUAGUUAUUGAUAAGAAUGAAAAACAAGGUUGUUAGCAACAAAAUGG